GUUCUGCGCCUUGUGUUUUUGUGCGUGUUGAAAGGUAGGCAGCACGGGUUGGUGAGCUGGUUCAGUAAGUGGAUAAGUUCUGUUUUCGGAGUGUAAAAGUACUUUUUAUACUGGUUUGAUAGACCAUAUGCUAUGUCUGGACACGGACACGGACAUGGUCACGGGUGUUGUGAGGAUGAUCAUGAGCCCGCUGAGCGUGGUGUGGAGUAUGGACUGUACAGUCGCAUCGACAUAGACAAGCUGCAGUGUCUCAAUGAGAGCCGAGAUGGAGACGGCAAACUCGUGUUCAAACCAUGGGAUCAGCGCACAGAUAGAGAAAAGUUUGUAGAGAGUGACGCUGAUGAGGAACUCCUGUUCAAUAUCCCCUUUACUGGAAGUGUAAAGCUGAAAGGGAUUAUCAUUUCUGGAGAGGAUGAUGAGUCCCACCCAGCUGAAAUGAGGCUCUACAAGAACAUACCGCAAAUGUCAUUUGAUGAUGUAAGCAGAGAGCCAGAGCAAGCAUUUCGUCUUAACAGGGAUCCACUGGCUGAACUGGCGUAUCCAACUAAGAUUGCACGCUUUUCUAACGUCCAACAUUUGUCUAUUCAUAUUCCUCGAAACUUUGGAGCUGAUUCUACUCGAGUCUACUACAUUGGACUUCGGGGAGAAUAUACAGAGGCUCACAGACAUGAGGUGACGAUCUGUAACUAUGAGGCAGCAGCAAAUCCAGCUGAUCAUAAACUGGAAGCUAUUACUCCGCAGACACACUUCAUUUCAUGAUGAAUGAUGUAAACUUGGAGAGAGAGGUGUGGAUGAAUUUUGAUAAUGUUGAGAUUAAUUCUAUUGCAAAUAUACAUUAGGAGUAGAAAUGUGUUGGGCAUGUUUCAAGAGGAAUGGUGAUUUUCCUCAUGGAGGUUUAAGUUGAAACUGUGUGCCAAUAAAUAUUCUAAGAUGAAGAAAACAUGUCUUUUGAAUACAUGCAAAUGGUGUUUGAUAAAAGCUUAAACAAGGAGAUAUGAAAAUAAAGCUGAAAGUGGAAUUCAUAGCUCGCUUGUAUGUUUGGUGUGGGAUUCAUUCAUAAUCUCUGGAAAGUAUUAGAGACAAAAAAAAAAGGGCCAAAGUGUUGCAACUUGACAGCUCCAGGGACCCUGAUUCGAGCCCGAGUUCAGGCUGUAUUGUGUAUAUUAUCCUCAUGUAUGUAUGAGUUUUCUCCUUACUCACAAAAACAUGUUGGUAGGUGGAUUAGUAGGGAAAUUAGACACCAUGCACAUUUCCGUGCAUGGUGUCUUGCAAUGGAAUGGUGUUCCACCUCCCCCAGUAUUCCUGGGAUAUUCUCCUGAGGUGGCCUUACCCCACCUCCACUCUGACCUGGAUAAAAUGGUUAUUGAAGCUGAAUGAUGAAAAGUAGAGAAGAACUUGUCUGUAAAACAACUUUGUAGAUUUAUUCUCCAGUAGGAACACACUUCGAAGAUGUACAAUUAAUCAGCAUGUAAAUGUUAUUGUAUGAAAGCUUGUUUCAACCUUCUGAAAAAGAAAAAAAUUAAGUGAUGUACAUUUGAGUGAGUGUAGUAAGGAAGUAUUGCUGUUUUGCAAUACAAUAUCAUAAUGACUUGCUGUUUCAUAAUAAUGAGAAUAUUUUCAGUUAUGACUUGAUCUCAUUAUGAGAACUUGAGUCAGUUAUGAGAUGCUACUUCGGCUGUGGAGGUGAUCAAUAGCACCAAGUUCCCGGGGGUGCACAUCACCAACUUCACCUGGUCUGUGAGCACUGCGUCACUGGUCAAGAAGGCACAGCAAUGUCUACACUUCCUGCGUAGGAUGAAGAGAGCCCACCUGCCCCUGCCCAUCCUCACUACAUUUCUACAGAAGCACCACAGAGAGCAUUCUAACCAGCUGCAUCUCUGUGUGGUGGGGAGGCUGCAGUGCCUCUGACCGGAAGAAUGUGAAGAGUGGUGAGGACAGCUGAGAAAAUCAUUAGGACUUCUCUUCCCUCCAUUCAGGACAUUGCACCAAGGUGUUGCAUGUCUCGAGCCAGAAAUGUCAUCGGUGACCCCUCACACUCUCUCCUUAUGGACUGUUCUGGCCUCUGGAAAUGGGUUCCGCAGCAUUCGGUGCAGGACCACCAGGUUCUGUAACAGCUUUUUCCCCCAGGUCACCAGACUGCUGAACUCCAAAUCCAAUCUCUAAACUUCUAUUUAUAACUUGAACAUUCCUAAUUCCACAGGUCACUUUAUACUAUUGCACUUUUUAUAAUAUUUUUGCUGCUGCAUCACUUAAUUUAAUACAGGUCAUAUUUAAUUCUGUGCUGAGCCAAAUUACAACGAAAUUUCGUUUGGUGUACACUUUGUUUGCAUACUGAGUGACAAAGGUUGUCCAAGUCUAUAAUUAUGAUAAACUUUCAUUAUUAUGAGAGGACAGCUCAUCAUUUUGAGGUACCAGACACUGACAUAAAGAACCUAAUCAAUUAUUAUAGUGGUGAAAAUGGGCUUCUUGUAUUUUUGUAUAAAAUACAAGAAUUCUUCUUCUUUUGGCUGCUCCCGAUUAGGGGUUGCCACAGCAGAUCUUUCGUCUCCAUUGCUCCCUGUCUUCUGCAUCCUUCUCUACCACACCUGCCACUUUCAUGUCCUCUCACCACAUCCAUGUAUCUCCUCUUUGGCCUUCCUUGUUUUUGUUUGUCUGGCAGCUCCAUCCUUCCAACAUGCUCUACAUUUCUUCUCAGGAUGUGCCCAUACCAUCUCAGUCUCAUCUCUCUUAGCUUAAUUCCCAAGCUCUCCACAUGUGCUGUCCCUCUGAUGUGCUUGUUCCUUAUCCUGUCCAACCUCCCAUCGCAAACCUUAACAUCCUCAACUCUGCCACCUCCAACUUUGCCUCCUGUCUCUUUGUUAAGGGUACGGUCUCCAAUCCAGACAUCACAGCUGGUCUCACUACUGUCUUAUACAUCUUACCUUUCACUUUUGCUGGGACUUUCCUAUCACAAAUAACUCCUGAAAUCCUUCUCCAAUUGCUCCACCCUGCCUGCACUCUUUCUCACCUCACUAUCGCAGUCCCUGUUUUCCUGCACAGUUGACCCCGGGUACUUGAAUUCACCAACUUUUUGUCUACUCCUUGCAUCUUCACUACACUCUCAUCCCCAUUCUCAUUGAUGCACAUGCAUUCUGUUUUGCUACUUCUCACCUUCGUUCCAACUCAACCUCCUUUCUACUUUCAUCACAAUAUCAUCCGCAAACAUGUUUCAUGGUGACUCUUGCCUCAUUUUGCCCAUCAAGCUAUCCAUCACUAUGGCAAACAAGAAAGGACUCCACAGAGAUCCUUGAUGGAGUCCCACCUUCACCUUGAACCGUUCAGUUGUUCCAACUGCACACCUCACUGCUGUUUCACUGUUCUCAUACAUGUCUUGCACCACUCUGGGGCGGCACGGUGGUGUAGAGGUUAGCACGGUCGCCUCACAGCAGUUCCGGGUUCGAACCCAGCAGCUGGCGAGGGCCUUUCUGUGUGGAGUUUGCAUGUUCUGUCGGUGUCUGCGUGGGUUUCCUCCGGGUGCUCCGACAUGCAGUUAGGUUGACGUGGGGCGGCCUUGAGCGAGGUACCUAACCCCUGACUGCUCUGGGUGUGUGCGUGUGUUCACUGCUUCAGCUGGGUUAAAUGCAGAGGAUGAAUCUGUGUGCAUGUGGUGACUCUCUAUGCAAUACUUUUAUAAUGUGCAAUACCACACUCCAUAAUGUGAAACGCAACACAUUCACCUCAGAACUGUGCACCUUACACACUGCACAUACAGCUCAAGUCUGUGCACCUUACCUUGCAAUACUUCAUAAUGUGUAAUAUUUUCUUAUAAUGUGACUCUCUCAUGCAAUAAUUUAUAAUGUGACUGUCUCUGUGCAAUACUUUAUAUGUGCGAUACCUCACUCCAUAAUGUGUAACACAACACAUACACCUCAGACUGUGCACCUUACACCCCCCCCUUUUUUUUUCUCCCCUUCCCCUCUCUCUCCACGCUGUUUUGCACGUGUAUAGUGACAAUAAAGGCAUUCUAUUCUAUGUGACAAA